AUGGAUAGUUUCAACUUAGCAUAUAAACGUGAUGAAGAGGAAUCAAAGUGGUUGGAAUUAUUAAAGGCAUUCAAUGAUAUACACCAGAAUGAUAGGACAUUCGUUGAUAAGUUUGGUCUGUUGCAGAAGAAACAAUUUACUCUGAAUCUGUUUGAUAUAUUACAAACUGAGAUCAAAGAGACCAAGAGAUCAAACGUCGCCAUCCUUCAAACACUCAUUGCUCUUCGUAUAUCCCUUCGUGAGAUACCAACUGAUGAGGAGUCAAUAGUACUUCAGAACUUGAACCUCUUUAUCAAGUUUGGUAAUAUUGGAGAGGAUAAUAAGACGACGAUGUAUUCAGAUGAGAUUAGAGAGGAGGCGCUCAAGUCAACAAUCAACUCAAUUGUAAAGUCACAGUCGAUACAUAACAAGUUUGUAAAUGAACUUAAUGGUCCAGUGUUGAUCACCAGAGAGUUGAAGAAGGGCGCAGACGACAAGGUGUCAAUGCCAAUAUACAAGAUACUCAUUCAUUGUUGCACACGUGUGGAGGUGCGCGCCAAGGUGCUGGGCGAAGGCCUGUUGGACCACGUCGCCGACCAGAUGGAAGCCCGCACCACUGGCAACUUUGAAGCGUCCGUCAUACUUGGUGACCUGUUCCGUUUGAUGUUCACGUCUACCAUGCAUCUUGGCCCAUUGGACAGUGGAUCGCACUCGGAUCUCAAGGUCACUGAGGCAGACUAUGCACGUCUGCGUCGUCUGUUCCCCACGUUCAAGAAGAUCUUCACCUACCAUUGCAAUGCAACGCAUCAAAUGUACAGCAUCAAACUGGCACUAGUAUCAACAUUGCUCAACACUCCCAAGGAUCUAUUCGAUGAGCUAGUCGAUGAGAUACAGUUAACAUACUUUGAACAAAUCCUUGCAACUCAAUUGGAGUCAUAUGACAAACCCGAAGCUCCAGGUGACAUUAUACCAAUACUCAUGUUGCUGUCAUGCAUUGCGGAGAAUGUACCACAGACACGUGAUCCCCUGAAAGCAUUCACAUUCCCUCAUGAGCUAAUCAAGGAAACAGAUGAGCCCUUGUCCAUCUCUGUCGAAGCACCAAAGGAAUCAGUGUCACAAGGUAUUAGUGCAAGAUUGAUUCCAUUGAUGACAUCAAGUGAUAUUGGAUUGAAGCAUUUCUCUGCCGAGUACUUUUAUAACAUCUGUGAUCAAGAUCCAAAUGAACUGUGUAGACUCACUGGCUAUGGAAAUGCUGCUGGUCUACUGGUGACCAAGGGACUCAUGGCCUUGGGUGGCAAG